AUGUGCGGGGGGAUGGCGGCGCACGGUCCGGGCGGGCCGCGGUGCUGGCAGAACCGGCGGGCGCGGCUGCUGUGCAUGCUGGCGCUCACCUUCCUGUUCUUCGUGGUGGAGGUGGCGGUGAGCCGCGUCACCUCGUCGUUGGCCAUGCUCUCCGACUCCUUCCACAUGCUCUCCGACGUGAUGGCCUUGGUCGUGGCGCUGGUGGCCGUGCGCUUCGCCCAGCGCACCCGCGCCACCAAGAAGAACACGUUCGGGUGGGUGCGGGCCGAGGUGAUGGGCGCCCUCGUCAACGCCGUGUUCCUCACCGCCCUCUGCUUCACCAUCCUGCUGGAGGCCAUCGAGCGCUUCACGGAGCCCCACGAGAUCCAGCAGCCGCUGGUGGUCAUCGCCGUGGGGGUGGCGGGGCUCAUCAUCAACCUGCUGGGGCUCUGCCUCUUCAACCACCACGGCGUCGGGGGCCACGGGCACGCCCACGGCCACGGGCACUCGCACGGCGGCCGGCAGCAGCACCCCCGCGGCGGCCCCAAGCCCGAGCAGCCGCCCGGCGACGGCGAGGCUGCGCUCAACCGCGACGAGACCAGCACCUUGGUGGAGAACUCCAGCAGCUCCAACGGAGUCAGCCAGGAGAAGCUGGGUGAUAUGAAGGAUGACCUGAGUGACGUACAAGUGAAUGGGAAUGCUGGCCAUUAUCCUCUGGAUGAAGAGGAAGUUGAAGAAGACUCUAGUGCACAACUUAACAUGCGUGGAGUUUUUCUGCAUGUUUUUGGAGAUGCCUUAGGUUCAGUAAUUGUGGUAGUGAAUGCCUUGCUCUUCUAUGGCUUGUGGAAUCCAUGCCCUGAAGAUGGGCCUUGCUAUAAUCCAUGUGUCAAUGAUCAUUGCAUGGAAAAUGUUACUUUAUUCCGAGCACUUGGCAGCACUAACAAGUCAGAGCAAGAUGGCAUUACGGUGGCUGGUCCUUGCUGGUUGCUAUAUUUAGAUCCUGUCCUCUGUUUGAUUAUGGUCUGUAUACUCCUUUACACAACUUACCCAUUGCUUAGGGAGUCAGCCCUCAUCCUUCUACAGACCGUUCCCAAACAAAUAGACGUCCAUUCUUUGAACUCAAAGCUACGCACCCUCGAAGGAGUGGAAGCGAUCCACGAAUUACACAUUUGGCAGCUAGCAGGCAGCAGGAUCAUCGGCACCGCUCACAUCAAGUGUCCCGACCCUUCCACGUACAUGAUGGUGGCCAAGCGCAUCAAAGAGAUCUUUCACGACGAAGGCAUUCACGCAACGACCAUUCAGCCCGAGUUUGCCAGCGUUGGCUCUGAGUCAGGGAGAGGGAAAUGCGAGUUUCCUUGCAGGACUCAGUGUGCUUUGAAGCAGUGUUGUGGAGCAGGAGAAGCUAGUACUGCAAAGAAGACAGAAAAGUCGUCAUCGCUUAGUAUUUCUUGUUCAGAAGUUGUCAUUGAAUUUCCGAAAACGAGGAGGACUAAGUCGGAGAGCAUCCCUUCAGUGAAGCUGGAGGCGAACGCCGAUCAAAAUGAGCAGUUUGAGUCAUCUUUGUAACUCCCUGAAGGGUGCUACCUGAGCUGUGGAGACUUUGUCAACAGCUGUGUUGCAAGAGGAAGAGACAGACGUUCGAGAUGCAAUUUUGCCAAAUAGUGUAAUUGCUGAAGUCCUUGUUCUUGUCAUAUUGCUAAAUAUAGAAUGCUUGUUUAAAAGAAUAUAAUGUCACUGUCAUGAUACAAUGCGUUUGUGUUGACUUUGUUUGACUGGGACAGACAGAAAGUGCAUCCAUGCUGUAACACUUCAGAAAACCAGUUUCAACAUUUCAGCAGAGACACUUUUUGCUGUGCUUCAAAUUAAGAUACUUUUUUCCAGUGAAAAGGUAUUUGAGGGAUAAGCAUGUAGGAACUCAAUUUGUGUUACAGAUUUCUUGGACCUACUUUUUCCUUUAAUAUUUGAUUUGUAGAUACCUUAAUAUAUUGUUUAUUUAGAAGCCCUAAGAAAACCAAAGUUCAUAGAACAUUUUUAAAGAUAUAACUACUAAAAACUGGAAACCACUUUGCAGUUUCACAUAUUUUUCUUAAAGCUAUGUAAUAAUAAUAAAAAUUGUGAAGGCUUUUCUAGUGAAUUUAUCGCACAGCAUAUUUUACAGACAACAUCAUGUGAUUGUCAGAAAUUGUCCCCUCUUCUUCUGGUAAGGUAGCUAGGUAAUUGAAAACAACAGAAGUGAAAGGGUUUCUUCUGUCAGAAUGGCAGUUCAAGCUACUGUAUACUGCUCUGUGAUCCAGACAUGAGACUAGUUGAUAAAGUAACACAGCCUUCUCUGUUUUAUGGAUUUUCUGCUGUUUUCUCUUACUUUCAAGUUGUGUCUGGUCAUGAAAGUCUUUGAGGUUUAAGGAACCCUUGACUCAACAGUGCUAUGAAUAAAUACUCAGCUGAUGCCAAGUUUACUAAGAUAAAAUAAUAAGUUCUGUCAGUAAGUGCUCUGUUGGGGAAGGUCUGCCAAGCACUGACAGUGUAGCUCCAGCUUUCAAGCACAGACAGCAGCUCCCCAAAAAUAAUGGUGCAUUUUGCUUCUAGCUGAGUGUGUCUGUAAACACUUGCAGUGACUUCAGUCCUGGUCCUCCACCAUGUCCUCAGGAGCCCUCCACUGACUUUUGAGGAAGUGGUGCAGGGAUCACUGUAUUUCACACUUCGAGAUGCUUAUGGAUCACAUUUCACUUACUCAGUAUCUGCAUCUAUGGUUUAAAAUCUUGACUCAGUUAAUUGACAACUGUCUCUAAAGAAGCUGUUACAGUGUGCUGCCAACUUACACCUUAGGAAAGGAGAAACUUGCUCUGUGGACUCCGUGAAUUUGGCAGAGAUGAGGUGAGAGUUGAAAGACAAAACAUACAAGAAAUCUAUUCUAAAACCCUGGCCCUUUUGAUCCACUCUCAUGUCAUGUAUGGGAGCUAAUGUCUUGUGAUUAACAGAUUGCUCCUGUGUGCAAAACUGGAAAACAACUCAGAUCUUCCAUUCUUUGCUUUAUGACUCUGGACACGAUAAACACUUUGCCUCAGUUUCCCUGUCUUCAAAUGGGGAUAAUACCUACCUCACAGGGGUGUUGUGAGGCUUACCUAUUGUGUGAAGAGCUCUAAGAUCUGUUACUGGAAGGCACUGGAAAGAGGAUAAGAUAUUAGAUUACCUGGCCUUUACUACUUCUACAAAUGCAUUGCAAUACCUAGGCACAACCAGAGGGAACUGAGGAUAGUUUUGGCCUUAUGAAAUUCUUUGAUGCUGUGGUUUUCAGGUUUUUAACAGUAUUUAAAUAUAGAUUUUUUUAAAAAAGAAUGUUUUGUUAGUGAAGAGAAUGUAGCUUUGCCUCCAGAUACAGAACACCUCCCUAGUUUGCAUUUCUAAUUUGUGUCUUGCAUCAUAAUUGCUCCUAAAUAGUACAAAGAAUAGUCCUGCUGCUCAUCGGACCUGGAUUGGCCAAGUCAGUCAGUGGUCUCACCCAAGCUCUCAGCAGAGCAUUGCAGUCAACUCUCGAUUAUCCAGGGGUGGGUUACAGUGUUGUGCAUUACCUGUGCAGUGAGCAGGGCCAGCACCAGCCCCGUGUGCCAAAGCACAGGGAAGCUGGAGGUGCUGCCUCUGCUGCCAGGGAGCCCCAUCACAGGCUGCAUUGCUGGGGUGCAGCACAGCACUGCCCAGGGUUCUGCCUCUUGGCUGCUCAGAUGCAUCUGCAGGAAGCUGUGGAUGGGUGGGCUUGGCUUUGUCCUGGCUUGGGAUGUUGGUGCCUCGGAGCCACCAGCAUUGCUCACCUUUCUCUGUGUUUAUGCUUGUUGUAUAGUCUCAUAAACUAACUUAAAUGUGUUAAUAUAGUAUUUAUAUAUGUUUUUGUUUUUUCUGAAUUAUCUUGACUCUUUUUUCUGUUACCUGUAUAUGAUCUAGAGUUGACUGUUAAAGGAGAUCUUGUAUGAGACUACAUUUGCUGAGUAUGCUACCACUGCUACUAUACUACAGAGUAUUAACCUAGUAAAUUUUGAAAUGAACAAAGUACUAUUUUUUUAAAUGUGUAUCCUUGCUUUCUAUGGUAAACUUUCACUAAUUAUUUUCAUCACUAGCUUAAAAUUUGUCUCAGUCGUUAGUAUGAAUUCUUGAGGUUCUGCCAUAUAUCACUAACACACCAUAGAACUACUGUUCUUUAGUUUAUUUUUAAAAGUACCAACAAAUCUAACCAUGGUAGCACUGAGAAGUCUGAUUAACCUCUUUCCUGUUGCUCUUAUAAAAAGAGGGCAACUGGUAAGUCAUAACAGUUAUCAUCAUUGGUUAAUAGUCUCAGUAAAUGCAUCUGAAUAGAGGGAGUUGUAGUCACUAACUCCAUUUUAAACUAUUUAAUCUUUUUUUUUUUUUUUGUGCCAGAAGUCAUAUUUUUCUAUUUCUGUGUCCAUUGCAGGCAAUGGCUAACUAAAAAGACAGAAAGCUCUCCCCCUGGUUAUUUUAAGUAUCAGGAAAGGAUGCAGAGGUGACAGUGAUGAUGGUGAUGAUGAUGGGGGCAGGGGGGGAGUUGUGUGGCCUCUGUCAUGUGCCUGUUGCACAUGCAGCACCGGCUGGUGUUACCAGGGCCCUUUAGUCUCCUUAGCCCUUGAUGAUAAACUCCCUGAAAGUAGAGUGAGGUCAGCAUGGUGGCUGUGCAGCAGCAGGAACACAAUUUCUCCGUUCUGGCUGUAGGAGACCUGACUGUAGCCCACUACCUUGUGAAAUAGCUCGAUUUUUUUUUAACUUGCUCUGUCUGGGGUUAUACAGACUUGAUUUGUUCUGAAGACCACAGUUUAAGAAUACUGAGAGCAUUCAAAAGCACUGCACAGUCUCUCUUUAUUUUAUUUUUUUUCCACAAAGCAUGAAACUAGUGAAUCUCAUGUAAGUGAACACUGCAGUGGUGGGGAGCUAAUUGUAUUGUGUAUCACAUUCCUGAAUUUUUAAAAUAAAAGCAAUUAUGGAACACU